CUUCACUCAGGAAGAGUGGGCUCUGCUGGAUCUGCAGAGAGCAGAGCAGAGAGCGUGGGCAGGCUGGAAGACCGUGGUGUGGAUGCAGUGACCUGUAGUGAUGUGCGUGUUGACUUCACUCAGGAAGAGUGGGCUCUGCUGGAUCCUUCACAGAAGAUUCUCUACCAAGAUGGGAUGCUGGAGACCUAUAGGAACCUCACUGCUAUAGGCUACAAAUGGGAAGAUGAUAAUAUCAAAGAACAUUGUCAAAGUUCUCAAAGACAUGGAAGGUAAUUUUCAUGUAUAUGCUCAUGCAAAUGUGCCUCUGAAGAUAUUUUAAUGUAUAUAGAAGUUUCAAAGAAAAAGCAGCAGUGGAAAUCAUCACAUCAUAAAGUUCACCGAUGAUCAUUAAAUUCUCACUAGGCUAUAUACCUCAACAGCAGAGGGAUACAGGGUCACCAUGAAGGCGGUAUGUCAGAUGUGGCAGCAAAAGCAGGAGGCUAAAAACUGACAUUCUGAAACUGCAGCAGGAAGCAGAGAGACUGGAAACUGGAAAUGGUGUGUGAAUGUAAUUUCUCAAGCCUGUACAUAUUUCCUCCAACUGGGCAACAUGGUCUAAAUCUUCCCAAAUAAUACCACCAUCUUAGGAUUGAUUUCCCUGGCUUCAAGCUUGCAUGCUUGCUUUGUGUGAACCAACUCAUGAUGAAGAAAAACUCUAUAGGUAAACCACCAGAUGUCUCAACAGCUGAGUUACAGGAAUGAAUUAUUACAAGAAAAGAACUUCCAUGAGUCAAAAAUUAUUUAAAGAAAUGUUUUCUUUGUAAUUAUGUGAUGGUAAUAUGUAUAUGUGUGGGUAUGUGAGUGUGCAUUCUGGUUCCUGAGAACAUUAGACCUUUGGAUCUCCUUGUAGCAGGAAUUAUAGGAAGUUGUCAAAAAUCAUAUCUUGGUCCUGGGAAUGAACAUUUCUUCACUGUCUUCACUGUCUCUAGGGCUAUAAAUAUUUUAAAGCCUAUUUAUAUCAUUUUUAAAGUCAAGAAAUAGGAACAAGCUCAUACAAGAGGAAAAAAAACCUAUUAAUGAAAAUGAUUUGGUAAAGUCUUUAGUCAUCACAGUUGUCUUAAGCUUCAAGAAAAAAAUCAAGCUUCAUUUAUAUUUCAUCGUAUCCUUGAAGGAAGUAAACUACUUACCAUGUUCACUGAAGACUGAGGGUGGAGAUCACGACAUUGUGGUUAUGUUUUUAAACAUUUGAGGUAGAUACUAAAGUGUGAUAUGUGUGUGACAAAUCCAAUUAGGGAAGCUUAUCUCAUGGUCCUUAUAUUCCUUUUGUAUCUUUUUCUCAUCUUCUAUUGGGCUCUUACUUAGUGAUAGGCAUUUUUCUGCUGUAAUAUAUAGAAUGCUAUCCCCAUCAACUAAGUGAUCCAUUGUUUAAAGUAUGUAUGAUCAUACUUUUCAAGUAAGGUUCAAAGGUAAUGAGUUGUUCCUGUUUUGUUUUUCAUAUGUUUACAAAUUCUCUCGAAAUUUUGUUGUUUGUUGUUCAAUUUGACCUGGAUUUCAGUAAUGGUACAGUGAUACCUUUGAACUCAUGACCCUCAUGUUUCUGCUACAAGUCCAAGGGUAGAUGAAGUACUACAAAUGUGAGCUGUUUUGUCAACACAGUUUAACAAGGUUAAUGUUAAAAUGAUGAUAGAGGAGAACAUAAGAAACAUUAAAUAUCUUUAAAAAACAAAUAAUAAACAUUUGGCAAAAUGUAGACAGUGCCACUGGAGCUGGGGAGUGGCCAUAAGUAAAGCAGUGUGUGCUGAGUUGAGGCAGGCUCUUAUGUCUCGCAGACAUUCCUGGGUCUCAGCUAGGACUUUAGGGUAACCACCUGCUGUGGUACAGCACUCUGUGUUCGGUGUGACACUACCGAGAAUCCAAACGCUUGUGGAAGGCCCACGCCAGUGCCUGAGAGCAUGUCUCCUUGCCCAACAGCCCACGAGAACUUGGCCCCACACGGGCUUUUACUUUUAUUUUCAUUUUUCUUUGCUGCCCUCUCACGUCAGCUGCCUCUCUGUGGAACCACAAAGAAAACUGAAGCUUAGCAAUUUUACUUUGCCCAGAACUCAGGUACUUAAAAAGUAAGAUUUUUUUUCAGCUUUAGGUUUAAAUAACUUUUUUUUCUUUUUAACCUUCAGGGUUAUUUCAAAGUAGAAUGUCUUUUACUGAACCUAACUGACUUCCAAUUUGAGGACCUGUGGUUUUAAAAAGUAUCAUCAGCCACAGACUUAUCAAGUUCACAGACUGCCCACAGACCAGAUACGUUGAAGGAGUGGUUUUCCUGUUGCCCCUCCUCUCAACUUUAACCUCCAACCUUCUCUAGCAUGUAUCAUGACAAAUAAAACUGCUGAGGUUUGACAGCAGGAUAUGAAGUCAGUAGGCCAUCGCAUAAGAUGGUCAGGGAUUCUUCUCAGGCUGAAAUAAGUGCUCUGCACUGGAUUUUUCCAGAGGAAGUCGUAAACACUCAUAUCACUGUAGUUUUAAUAAUUAUUGGUCCAAAAAAAAGAAGUAUACAUAUUAAAUGAUGUUUGACAACUCUAAUUUAGUCGUUUUGUUAUUGGUUGUCUUUGACCAUUAACUUGGAUUUCUGUUCUUAAUUUAAUGUAUACUAUUUCAAGCAAGCAACAUUCGAUCCCGAUAUAAACAUGACGUUGUAUACAGCAUUCUAAAUGAGUUUUUAGUUUGUGAUUAAGACAAACCAUAUGAUGAAAAGCAAACAAUGUGUCUGUAUUGCCCUACUGACUUAAAACUAUCUCACCUACAGUGCCUUCUGUCAUUUCACGUGGAGACAUGAGCACCUCAGCUCAUCACGCUUCCUUGGAUUUCAGAUAUUUGUAUAGAUUCUCAAAGAACCCAGCUGUCUAGAGUGUUAUUCAUUCUUCACCGCACAAACACUGUCUUGUGAAGUCUUUGCAACUGCUCCAUCAAACUGGGCUCUCUCCCUUACUAGGUCUGAGCAUUAGGAACAUUAGGAACAGGCAAGCAGUUACAUCGGUACU